UCUGUUGGUCCUUGCAUCUCCUUCACAUUCACAUAGAUACACAAUCAUCUCAAAAUUAGCUUUUGCUCAUCUAUAAUGGCUGGUGUUAUAGUGAUUUUUGACUUUGACUCAACAAUCAUUGAAUGUGACAGUGAUAAUUGGGUUCUUGAUGAGUUUGGCUUAACCGAAAAAUUCUAUCAACUUCUUCCUAACAUGCUUUGGAAUCCUCUCAUGGACAAGAUGAUGAAUGAACUUCAUUCACAAGGAAAAAAAAUUGAAGAAAUAGUAGAAGUUCUUAAUAGGACUCCAAUUCAUCCACGCAUUAUCCCUGCCAUUGAAGCUGCUUAUUCCCUUGGGUGUGAGCUAAGGAUUGUGAGUGAUGCAAAUAGUUUCUUUAUUGAAACAAUUUUGAAGCAUCAUGGGGUGCUGAAUUGUUUCUCAAAAAUCACUGCAAACCCAAGUUAUGUUAAUGAAGAAGGGAGGCUCAUAAUUUGUCCCUACCAUGAUUAUCUAAAAUCUUCUCAUGGAUGUAACCUUUGUCCACCAAAUAUGUGCAAGGGAUUGGUGAUGGAAAGGUUACAAAAUUCACUUGAGGAUGAAGGAAAGAAGAAAAUUAUUUACUUAGGAGAUGGAAAUGCAGAUUUUUGUCCUAGUUUAAAGCUCAAAGAGAGUGAUUAUUUGAUGCCUAGAAUGAACUUUGCAUUAAGUGAUUUAGUAUCUAAAAAUUCUAAUGACAUAAAGGCAAAUGUACAUGAUUGGAUGGAUGGGGAAGAGCUUGAAAAUGUUCUACUUCAUAUCAUCAACAAAGCUAAUAACAUUGGUAAAGAAAACAACAUUGUUGGUCCAAAAAUAAUCUCAAAUGAUUGCAAAUUGGGGACAGUUUCAAUUGAUGCUCAUAAGAUUUUCCCCGAAGCCAUCGCAGUUCCUCUUUGAUUAGUAACCAAAAAUUGUAUCUGGCUCCCCUGUAGUCGGAUUACAAGUAUUAUGAACAUCAGUGUCUUUGUUUCGAAUAAGUUUGGACGGUCUAUAUUGAAUAUUAGUAUUUCAAUUUAUUAAAUGAAAAAUUAUGUGAUUGGGA